CCACACUCCAGUCUAAUUGGUGGCAGGAAUGCAACUAUCGUUUGUUUGCCAACCGCUAUAAAAUGGCAAAAGAAGUAGUCAAAUAAGUUGUGUGGCUGUUGGUGACAGUCACUACGGAUCGAGUAGUGUCAGCUGUGUGUGACUUGAGUGGAAUGUGUGUGUUUCAGUAAAGCUCAGUUUAAUUAGUUAAAAAUGGAGUUAGAGGAAGAGACUUCAAAGGAAAACUUCCCAGAGUAUUCUGAUGAACAAAUCCACAGAGAUGAGAAGGAACCAAAAACAAGCAGAAACAACAUUUGCAAGCAUUUUCUCUUGGGCAAAUGCCAUUUUGGAGACAGAUGUCGACUGUCUCACAGUGUGCUUGAUGUCCCUCAAAGCACACAAACAGAGGAAGAUGACAGACCGGUUACAGAAAAGCAGAACAAGAAAUGAAAAAACAGAAAAAAGAAAGAAAAGCAUUAUUCAAAGAUCGAGAGAGAAGGGCUGAAAAAGAAACCAUGCAUGCGCACUGCUGAUGAUGUAAUCUCCAGAAUUCUAUGGGACUCCUCAGUGGACCCAGCUGAUUUUAUGGUCGGUCACCUGGAUCGCUUCCUUGGGUUGCUGGAACGCCCAUUCUCUGAAUUCUCAUGGGAUGCUCAGGUGUGUGACUGUGACUUUUCUGAGGAGCUGGCUCUCCCUUGUCACAGAAUCCAGUACUUCAGCUUUAAAGGUCAGUGUGUGUGGGAUAAAGACAGUCAUACUGACAGGGUGUUUGGUUCCACGGGGCAAACUAUUGUGCGUCCUUUUGGGGGUGAGGAUCAUCAACUAGAGAAUUUAACACCUGACGCUGGACAACAGGAAGAGACUCCCAACAUAGAAGAUGUUUUAAAUGACCAAGAGCAAGCAACGUCAGAAUUUUCUAAAGAACAGGAUGAUGUUUCAACUACAGUUACAACAACCACACAUGAGCUGGGAUAUGUGGCAGAAGACUCGGCAACAGAAAAUACUGAUAAUAUAUCCCGUGAUGUCACUUUACUUUUGCAAGAUGAACCUCCAGUUGAAGACAAAAAGAUGAAGUCUAUGGAAGAUCUUGGUUUGACUCAGUUGGCAAAGGAAUUAUCGAUCACUCCGAAAGGAGAAGUGAUAAAGGAAGAAUGGAGAGACAGUGGGGAUGGAGAGGGCAAUACAAAAAUAGAGCCUGUAUCAUCCAUACCGCAAGAACUUUGGUGGAGCCGCCCACCACAUAGACCCACCCACUUCAUUUGCUUUGCCUUGGACUCUCCCGCAGCUCUCCGGGCCUUCCAGCAUAUUCAGAGGAAGGUGCUGUACCACAUCCCUCAGUCAGAGCCCCUCUGGGUCAAUCCGGCAACCUUACAUGUCACUCUCUCCUUGCUUGUUCUCAAGGGUCCUGAGGAGGUCAGUGCUGCUGCAGAUCUCCUGCAUACCACAAUCAGAAACUCACACAAAUCCCCUAUCUAUGUGUCCUUCACCCCAAAACUAAAGCACUUCAAUGGGACUGUUCUCCACGUGACCCCUCAGCCCAUCUCAGAUAUCCAGAGCCUGAAUACCCCUCUGCAGGAGGCCUUCAGGGAUAAAGGCUGGCUUCAUCGCCAUUCACGAUGCCCAUCAUAUCAUCUCACCCUGGCCAAAGCACAGGAGUACAAGACAGAAAAGAUGUUUGAAGGAAUAGGGUCCACGAAACUGGCCAAAGAUAUAAACUUUGGCAAGCUAGAAGUAAAUAAACUUUAUCUUUGUGUAAAUGGUCCAACCAUAGAAAGUGGUUUCUACCAGAUCGUAUGUGUUGUGCAGCUACCUAAUGUUUAAAGUGCUGAGUUUUAUAUCUGAACUCAGGGGUAAUGAACAUUUCAA